AUGACUGUUUUUGAGACCAUUGUUCUUACCAUUAUUAUUGCUACAAUUAUUUAUUUUGUGUAUGGAUUUCAAUUUAGUGGUGAUAUUCUGGUUAGUAUAAUUUUUCUCAAAUGCCCGGAUGAAGAGCCGACAGCGGCUAGAUUAAAUGCAUCAAUGACACUCAAGGAAAUUCGGAAGAAACUCUCAGCGUAUGAAGAUGGUAUAUGCAUCAUGAUGGAUGAUAUGUUCUUUUGUGGCCAUAAAGACGCAAGGAUAAGGAAGAGUGAUGAAGGAAAGACUUGUCUCUACGAGAUACUCAAUUACGAAAAUAAAAAGAAUAUUAUCUACAUUAAACGAUGUGAGACAUUGAAAGAAGUAAUGCCUCAUUUAAUUGGGGAGAAAAACUUAAAUUGCGGUAUUCGAUGGACUGAAGAGGGUCCGAAACAAUCUGACAAUGUAGCCUUCAAAUUUAAGGGGUCACCGGACUUUAAAAAACUUGCUCGUGAACGUAAACGUAAGAAUGAACGUAGCAACAAUUAUAAACGUUCUGAACUCUAUGAAAAUGGCAUUGAUUGGGAAUUUAGUCUGAAUAUAGAACGCAAGGAAGUCUUGGAGGACUGUCGAGCUAUGCUAUUCAUGAGGAGUGAACACAUAGAACCUUCUGAUAACUUUCAAAAUGAGGUAGAUGAUGCCCUGAGAUUGAUCGAUCCAGCAGAGAAAAGUGACAGGUUGAAAGGUAUCUUUGAGAAAUAUGGUCACUUUUGGGCGAGAACAAGACGAAGAGACAUUAAUAUUAAUACGGGUAUAAAUAUGGAAGUGGGAAUGGGAAUCGGAACAGGAUCACUGAAAACAGUGAAUGGAAUAUCUCAGAAUAACGAAAGAUUGAACCAAAACUCAUCCAGCAAUGCAUUGGAAGACAAUAUAGCUAUUGGAGGAGAUAAAACAGCUUAUAUGUCAAAUGAUACAAGCAAGUGGCAAGCAACACUUCAAGAUUGUUCUACCUGGGUGAUAAUUGGUUAUGAGGACAUAGUUCCAAUAUAUGAAAUUUCGAAGAAGAAACACAAGUUGCUAUUCGUGAAAAUUCCCACUAAUGUAUGGGAAGGAAUUAGUGAACAUCAAAUUUUUGCAGAAGUUAUGUAUGAAGGCGAGCAUGAUACAAUAUUUGCUGCAAAUAUUGUACUAAUGCCAGAUGGGCGGCCACAUGUGUAUGUUUCCAGAAUUAAAGCAAAAAGAAUAUUGAAUAUUAAUAUAAAGCAGGGAGAAAAAAGCCCCAAGUUAAGAUUAGCCUACAUCAUUACUGGACAUCCACAAUCAUCUGACUCUCAAAUAGUAGAUAAAUUACCUGUUGCUGUUGAGGUUAACACUGUUGAGGGAGAAAAGAGAGAUGAUAAGUUUGUUGCAUCAUUACCAGGGAUUCCAAAUACCCAAGAUUAUAAUCAAGGUGCUAUCUUAACUACUUGUAUUACACAGCUGAUGUGUCAACCUGAAUCUAGAGAUUGUAUUCUUUUUACAAUGCACCUUCACAAGUCUGAUGACAGCAGACUUAAUACUACAGAAUAUGAAGUUUGCAUUUCUGGUAAGCAUAUAAUAUCAUUAUUUUAUAUUUGCUAA